UGCAGCAUCUUCCUGCAAAGUGCACAAUUAUUAUGUCGACGGCGGCCAAGUUAACUUUUGUUUCCGCCUGUAUUGCCAGCGGUAGUCUGAUUGCUUACGUACACUACAGUCAAGCGGCUGACCGGGAACGAUUGCAUGAAGGAGUGCGACGAGAUGUGGAAAGACAGCGUUUGAAACACCUCACCGCUAGUGGAGAAAAUGAAAGGAGCGGAGAUUCAGGACCAAUCCCAUCCAGUGGAACAAUUACAAGCUGA